GUUAAUUUCUCUGCUUCUCGUCUUGGAGAAGAAUACUCAAUAAUGGAGGAAAUUGAAGAAGGAAGCAGCAACAAUAGCAUAAGACGUGUUGGUACCGGAAGUAGUGACCGGAGAUGGGUUGAUGGAAGCGAGGUUGACUCUGAAACGCCGCCGUUUUCAGAAAUCAGAGGCAGAGACUAUAGUUUUGGGAAUUUGAGGAGAAGAUUGAUGAAAAAGCCUAAAAGAGCUGAUUCUCUUGAUGUUGAAGCUAUGGAAAUUGCAGGUUCUCAUGGUCACAAUCUCAAGGAUUUGUCACUUUUGGGUACACUUGGGAUUGCGUUUCAGACGUUAGGUGUUGUGUAUGGUGAUAUGGGAACAAGUCCUUUGUAUGUGUUCAGUGAUGUGUUUAGUAAAGUUCCUAUAAGAUCAGAAGUUGAUGUUCUUGGAGCUUUGUCUCUCGUAAUCUACACUAUUGCUGUGAUUCCUUUAGCAAAGUAUGUCUUUGUGGUCCUAAAAGCCAAUGACAAUGGCGAAGGAGGGACAUUUGCGUUGUAUUCACUUAUUUGUAGGUAUGCAAAGGUGAAUAAGCUGCCAAAUCAACAACCUGCGGAUGAGCAGAUCUCGAGUUUUAGGCUUAAACUCCCAACUCCUGAGUUGGAAAGAGCUCUGUGGAUUAAAGAAGCUUUGGAGACAAAAGGGUAUUUGAAAACUCUUCUUUUGCUUUUAGUCCUAAUGGGAACUUCUAUGAUUAUUGGGGAUGGAAUUCUAACACCAGCUAUGUCAGUGAUGUCUGCAAUGAGUGGUCUACAAGGUGAAGUUAAAGGAUUUGGAACAAAUGCAUUGGUUAUGUCUUCGAUUGUGAUUCUCGUGGCUUUGUUCAGCAUACAAAGGUUUGGGACGGGUAAAGUUGGUUUUCUAUUUGCUCCAGUUCUCGCGCUCUGGUUCUUCUCUCUCGGUGCUAUUGGAAUCUAUAAUCUGUUGAAGUACGACUUCACUGUCAUAAGAGCAUUAAACCCGUUUUACAUCGUUUUGUUCUUCAAUAAGAAUAGCAAACAGGCUUGGUCUGCUCUUGGUGGAUGUGUCUUAUGCAUUACAGGAGCCGAAGCAAUGUUUGCAGAUUUGGGCCAUUUCUCAGUUCGUUCUAUACAGUUGGCAUUCACUUGCGUGGUGUUCCCAUGCCUUCUCUUAGCUUACAUGGGUCAAGCUGCUUAUCUAACAAAGCAUCCCGAGGCCUCGGCUCGCAUAUUCUACGAUUCAGUUCCAAAGAGUUUGUUCUGGCCGGUGUUUGUAAUUGCGACAUUAGCCGCUAUGAUAGCUAGCCAAGCCAUGAUCUCUGCGACUUUCUCAUGUGUCAAACAAGCCAUGGCUCUCGGUUGCUUUCCGAGGCUGAAGAUAAUCCACACCUCUAAGAAACGGAUGGGUCAAAUCUACAUUCCGGUCAUCAAUUGGUUCUUAAUGAUCAUGUGCAUACUCGUCGUCUCCAUCUUUAGAAGCACAACCCACAUCGCCAAUGCUUACGGCAUAGCAGAGGUAGGUGUGAUGAUGGUGAGCACAGUGUUGGUAACACUAGUGAUGCUUCUCAUUUGGCAAACCAAUAUAUUUCUCGCCCUUUGCUUUCCCCUUAUAUUUGGAUCAGUCGAGACCAUUUACUUGCUUGCUGUUCUCACCAAGAUCUUGGAAGGCGGUUGGGUUCCGCUAGUAUUCGCCACUUUCUUCCUCACUGUAAUGUACAUUUGGAACUAUGGAAGUGUGCUGAAGUACCAAAGCGAGGUCAGGGAAAGAAUCUCUAUGGAUUUUAUGCGUGAGCUCGGUUCAACUCUUGGAACUAUUCGAAUCCCCGGGAUUGGACUCCUUUACAAUGAGCUUGUCCAAGGCAUACCUUCCAUUUUUGGACAGUUCUUGCUCACUCUUCCUGCGAUCCACUCAACAAUCAUCUUUGUCUGCAUCAAAUAUGUUCCUGUUCCGGUUGUUCCUCAAGAAGAGAGGUUCCUCUUCAGACGGGUUUGUCCUAAGGACUACCAUAUGUUCCGGUGCAUCGCAAGGUACGGUUACAAAGAUGUUAGAAAAGAAGAUUCUAGAGUCUUUGAACAGCUUCUUAUUGAAAGUCUAGAGAAGUUCUUGAGAUGUGAAGCAUUAGAGGAUGCUCUAGAGAGCACUAUGAAUGAUUUUGAUCCCGAUAGGGAUUCUGUUGCAAGUGAUACUUACACAGACGACCUCAUGGCUCCUCUCAUUCACCGUGCAAAGCGUUCUGAGCCAGAGCAAGAACUGGAUUCAGAGGUUUUGCCAUCUUCAAGCGUAGGGACGUCGAUGGAGGAAGAUCCAGCUCUGGAAUAUGAGCUCGCGGCUUUGAGAGAAGCCACAGACUCGGGGCUAACGUAUUUACUGGCUCAUGGAGAUGUGAGGGCAAAGAAGAAUUCGAUUUUCGUGAAGAAGCUUGUGAUUAAUUACUUCUAUGCGUUUCUAAGGAGGAAUUGCAGAGCUGGGGCUGCGAAUCUCACUGUCCCUCAUAUGAACAUCUUGCAAGCUGGGAUGACUUAUAUGGUCUAGUGUUUGAUUCUUUAGCUAUACUCUCUUUGGAACAUUUCUCCUUAGGACCUCUCCAUGAAAUUAGGGCUUGUUUCUUGCGGGUGACGUUUGUGAUUGUCGUUACCGUGAGAAAGAAGCAAAGGUGGAAGAUUUCCUAAUACUCAUAUUGUAGUAGUUAAGGAAAUAAAAGUGUAUCAACUAC